GAAGAUUUUAAAUGUUAUUGGAUGAGAAAUAACAAGAGAGUGCUUCUCCAUGUGUGUGUGUGUGUGUGUGUGUGUGUGUGUUUGAGAUAAUACUUAUAAGAUACGAUAGGCCUGACCUUUCAGAACACAUUGAUCCAACAACACGGAGCAUGUAUAUAAAUUGAUAUUGCCAUGACUUUUAGGAAGUGCUGUAACAUAACAGCAGCUCUGGGUUGGGCUAAGAACAGUUGAUGAUACAGUGCUCCAUAUCCCUGAAAAGGUCACUGAUUUUUUUUGCCCUGAGAUGGGCCGUUUAUGCACAGUCCAGCUCAAAGGCUCCAUUCAGCCGUUGAACCGAGAAAGUCCAGUCAAAGGGAACCUUUAUGUCAGAGUGGGCUGGGUGCUGUGAGAACAGUUGCUGUCACAGCCUGGGACAGAUCUAGCUGAUAUCUCUGUCUGACAGAGCUGGAUGAUGAAAUGAGUCUGAUGUGUCACAAGAAGUGGUUGUAUUUUAAUUCUUGAUGCCGGGUCAUUUUUACAGGACAAUGGGCCUCCUGAAGCUGCUGAAAUCCCAGUUAUUGUGCCACCUGAUCAUCUGCUAUGUGUUCCUGGUCAGUGGCCUCAUUGUCAACCUGUUGCAGAUCUGCACUUCACCUCUGUGGCUGGUCAGUAAGCAGCUGGCACGCAGGGUCAACAUCAGACUGGGUUACUGCAUCAGCAGCCAGAUGGUAGCUGCCCUGGAUUGGUGGUCUGGGACAGAAUGCACACUCUACACAGACCCGAAGAGUUAUCCACUGUAUGGAAAGGAGAAUGCAAUUGUGGUUCUCAAUCACAGCUAUGAUAUUGACUUCCUGUGUGGCUGGACCUUCUGUGACAGAUUCGGAGUUCUUGGGAGCUCAAAAGUGUUAGCCAAAAAAGAGUUGAGUUAUGUACCUGUUAUUGGCUGGAUGUGGUACUUCCUGGAGAUAGUUUUCUGCAAGAGGAAGUGGGAGGAGGACCGAAGGACGGUGGCUCAGAGCCUUCAGAACUUGCGGGAUUACCCAGAAAACUUCUGGUUCUUGCUUUUCUGUGAAGGAACACGCUUCACACCAAAGAAACACCAGAUCAGCAUGCAUGUGGCUGAGAGCAAAGGUUUACCCAAACUGAAGUAUCAUCUCCUGCCCAGGACCAAAGGAUUCGGGAUAACUGUCCAAAACCUCAGAGGAACCGCUGCAGCUCUUUAUGAUUCCACACUGAACUUCAGAAACAAUGAAGUGCCAACCUUGCUUGGAAUUCUUAAUGGGAAGAAAUAUCACGCAGAUUUAUAUGUGAGGAGAAUCCCUCUGGAGUUGAUCCCAGAAGAUGAGGUAGAGUGUGCAUCUUGGCUCCACAAACUCUACCAGGAAAAGGACAGCUUUCAGGAGCACUACACCCAAACAGGGCGUUUCCCUGGCCCCAUAGUGAGCACUCUACGCCGACCCUGGGCCUUGAUCAACUGGCUGUUCUGGGCCUGCUUGCUCCUCUACCCACUAGGCCUGCUACUCGCUGAACUGAUCAGCUCUGGAUCGGUGAUGACCAUCAUAGCCUCCGUGGCUCUCUGCUCCUCAGCUUCACUGGCAGUUCGCUGGAUGAUUGGCCAGACUGAGAUUGACAGAGGCUCAAACUAUGGGAAUAAUUCCUCUGAACACUAACUAAACACUCCUGUCCUACUAAGAGCUGCUACUUUGCAGUUACUUAUUUGCAAGUUGCAGGCAGCCGAAAGUUUGACAGGUCUGACAGGACCUGCUCUUCAAAGCACAACGCAGACAGCAGUUUCGUCUUAACACAUUAUCCUCAAUUUUGAGUGUAAAUAUUUGAAUACAGUCAAGACAAAAAUCUUUUUCCCUGGUCACUCAAACUGGAAUUAAUAUUCAACCGAGUUUAAAAUGGACUACCACUGCGUAAAGCAUAAAUGGUAUUUUCAUGUUGAAAGAUAAUACACAUUUCACUUGUCUACCCUCCUGUCAUUUUAAGACAUUGGUUAAUGGCCUUCCAUUGUAAAAAGGGGUCAAAUAUUGACCGCUGCUGAUGCAAAGAUUUUCAAAGUUGUAUUCAUCCAUCUGACAUUUGACUCAUCUCUUGGCCUUUAUUAUGUGGGCCAUCUAUGAAUAUUUGUGUGAUUAAAGACAUUUUGUUUGUUUCUGAAAACAUUGGUGCAAUCAAAUCAAUUGUAUACUGGGCAGCGCAACAUUUAGUAAAAUGAAAUAAAUAUGCAAUAAUCCAUUUUACAAGACUUAACCUGCUGUUGAGUGAACACUAUUCAACUGCAUGCUAUUGCAUGUACUCUUACAUUAAAUGACGGUGACAAAAUAAAACUGAAAAUAGAAUCUAUCGGUCCUCAGUGACCAACAAAUUGCCAGGCAGCACAAUUUGGAGGAACAAAUGUCAUUUAAUGCAAAAUUUAAAGAAAUGUUAUCUGGAGGUAUAUGUUUUGAAACAGUAAUGAACACUUUCAAAGAGAAAUAGUUAAGUAAUUUGAUUUAAGAAAAAUAUAACAUUUGGAAUACCUUUAAGUAUGCAUUUCAUUUAAUGGGUGGAAUUACAUUUUUGCUAAAAUGUGAUUACAAAUUGAUAAAUGACCUGUAAAGUUAGCAAACUUUCAUAAUUACUUACCUGCUCAGAUGUCAGAUCAUGAAACUGGACAGUAAGAGUUCCAAUGCAGUGAGGAACGAUUGUUACUGUUGUAUCAAAGUGGAACUACCUUCCUGUGUGGUAGUAGUGUGUAAUACCAAUAAUACAAUUUUUUUUAUGGUGGAAGAACACAAACAAAUUUCAUUAAAAAAACAAAACGA